AUACUUGCUUUUGAUGAUGGGUAUUUUCCAAAUCUAUUGGAACUUCUCUUAGAUCCAUCAGAAGAAGUUGCAAAACGUGAUCUUCAGCUUCUUGCACAAUUAUCUUCAAGUUCUCAAGAUGAAUAUUUUCCAAAGUUUAUGGUUGACUUGUUGAAAUUGUUUGCUACUGAUCGCAAAUUAUUAGAAAACAGAGGAAGUCUAAUUAUUCGGCAUUUAUGUCUGAGUCUUAAUUCAGAAAGGAUAUACAUGAGUUUUGCUGAGAUUUUGGAAAAAGAAGAG